AUUCAUGUCGACGGCAAGCCACAGUCUUUAGGUAAGCGCCAAGUCCCCUUUAUGACAUCCAAAACACUCUUUCUCUGCUUAUUCUCUCAGCUGUGUGAUUUCCAGCUGCAGUCAUUCGUUUGGUGCAUUUUUGCUAUUCACUCUCGUUAAUCAUGUAUCCCAAGUCACUCGUUGUUCCAGCGCUCUUCGCUGCUUUCGGAAUCGCUCAAGAAGAUGUCCAGUACGAAACCCGCACAGCAACGAUAACUCAAUGCUUCACCCGCGAUGGCCUACGUCCUCCAGCUACCGUCACCGUCCCUGGCCCGACAUGCGUGGUUCACAAGCCAGCUAUCACAGGAGAAGCCAUCAUUGUCGAAGUCCAAGCUCCCGACUGUCACUGCGGCUGCCCAACUUGUGUCCAUACUCUCGAGUACACUACCAAGUACCCUGCUUUCUGCUCUACUGGUAUUUUUGAGCAGGAGUAUAUUAUCACGGAGACGUACAGUGGCAUGGAGGCAAAGCCUACCAAGAACGAGCACGAUCUUCCGUAUGGAUUCACGUGUGAUGUUCAGACGUGUACUACUUGUGGCCCUGAGCCUGUUACCGCCACUAUCACGUACCCAGUUUCGGACCGUCCUUACAUGAAUGAAGUUGCACCAACUGAAAUGCCCAUGGCAAAGCCCGGCAAGGAACAGCCCGAGGAGCAAGGAAACGCUGCACCUAAGGUCACUGGAGACAAUAAUAGAUUCCAAUCAAGCGUCAAGCCCAGCGUAGUCCCUGAAUCCCCCGAGAAUGCUCCUCCUGGAGAGUCCACAGAUCGCCCUGUUAUCGUAUCUGGCGCCAUGAGUCAACAUUUGGGACUGGCUGGUGCUGGUAUCGCGUUCUUUGCUCUUAUUCAAUUCUUGUUCCUCUGAUCCUUCUCUUGAAAGUUCAUUGAUGACAUUCACUUUUCCUACAUUUUCGAAGUCAUGAGUCAAGAUAUCUUCGGUCGAUAGAAUAAUUUUGCUAUUUUGGGUCUGUAAACUCAAUUACAUUUCUCAUCGAUAUCGGAGUCCUGAAUGACGCAAAGUGUACCUUGGCCUACUAAACAGAGUAAGGAUUAUCAAGGCCCAGAUUAUAGGCAUCUACGUAAUGUUAAUGCUACGGGCGGUAACCGCGGCUGUACCGGGCAUGAUGCUCCAUUUGAAGGUGGGACAUCUCCAUAAUAAAAAGAGUCUAUCACAAAGAAAAGUUACUCAUCUGCGAUCAAGAUGGCCAAGG